UCCCUCUCAAGCAGAGGUAUAGAGCUUGGGUGAGUGGGAAGGAAGGACUUGAAAGUGGACACAUUCUGGUGGCUGCUGUCACCUCAUCUAUUAAAACUCAGCUCCAUCUCAAGAUUUGAAGAAGAAGGAUCAGAAUAUCAAGAUAUCUGGUUCUCCAAGGAGGUAAGGGUGCUCCUAAUUCCUGAUCUGAGAUGGAGAACACCCUGAUUCAGCCCACAGGACAAGGGGGCACCUAUCUCAGGGCAGGAUGGAAAAUGAUUCCCCUCUUCAUCUUAUGUUUGCUUCAAGAUACUAGUGCUUUGAAAGGUCCAAGACUGGUAGCUGGAGACCCUGGGGGAACGGUCACCAUUAAGUGCCAUUAUAUUCCCACACCUGUCAACAAGUACCAGAGGAAAUAUUGGUGCCGCCUGUACCCGCCUCAGAGGAUCUGCCACACCGUCAUCUCUACCAACUUCUUCAUCAGGCAGAGCUAUCGUGGCCGAGUGACUCUUGUGGACUUCCCCAACCGGGGCAUGUUUGAAGUGACCUUGGCCCAAUUGACAUCUGAAGAUGCAGGCUACUAUCGCUGUGGCAUUGGACGUAGAACAGAUACGUUCUUCUUCAGCAUGAAUCUCACCAUCUCUACAGCUCAAGCCAAUCGUUCUUUAGAUUCUUCCAUCCUCAGAAUUCCCUCAAGCAUCAUCCCCAUGACAGCUCAGGCUACCAGAGGCCAGACCAUUAACACAACCCUGCUUGUAGAGGGAUGGGAGACAAGAACCAGCAGAAGAGGUACCACUCCAGCUGAAGUCACCCAGGCUCCAGGAACCAUUGAAGUGACCACUACAGUUACAGGUGGACAGGACCUUGACACAACCCUGCUUAUAGAGGAGUGGGAGACAAGAACCAAAAGAAAAGAUAUCACUCCAGGUGAAAUACACAGAGGAAGCACUGGAGUAACAGCCCCAGGUGUAGAUGGAUGGGUUCCAAAAACUAUCGAAACAACAGCUUCAGCUCCAGGUAGUCAGGUCUUUGAUGCAACCUUGGUUAUAAAAGGACACGGGGCAGGAAAUUGCAGCGGACAUAUCACUCCAAACACAGUUGCCAAGACCUCAGGAACCCUUGCAACAAUCAUCUCAGUUGCAGGUAGACGGGGUCCAGGAACUCUUGGAAGAACAAUUCUAGCUGCAGGCAGACAGGACCUUGACACAAGUCUGGUGGCAAAAGGACAGGGAGCAGGAAUUAGCAGAGGAGAUCCAGCUCUGAUUAGAGUCACUCAGCUACCAGCACAAGCUUCAAGCAAAAAUCUACAGCCUCCAGCAAUAGUUAGAUUAACGAGUCCAGGUACUGGUGACUGGGGUCUGGAAACCACAAGAGCAGCAAAUUUAGUUCCAGAGCGACAGACUUCAGGAGCCAAAGUAACAUCAAGCACCAUGGAAGGUGGUUUGGUCUUGGGAACUAGGGCAGUGACGAAAACAGUUGGAGGAACCAUUAGAGAAAGGAAAUUAACCAUCAGAAGCACACAUAGGCUAACUGAGGGAACUGUGAACAUUGGAAUACCUCAGAUUACCACCAGAAACAGCCCGGGAACCAUGAGGCCUUCAACAACGGUCAGAGACAGUCUCAGAGAAGUAACUCCAGGCACAGACCAACAGAUUCAGGAGGUCACCAGAGCUACAGCCCCAGAUGCAGAUGUAGGUGCUUGGUUCUCAGGAACCAUUAGAAAAGGGGAAGCUUCAGUCUUAGAAGGAACAGCUGCUAUUGGUAGAGAAAGUCAUUCUGAGGAACCACUGAGAAUUCCAGGAGCUGCACUUCUGAUUCCUCCCAGCAAGAAGCCCUUCAUGGAGAACUCAUCUCCAGAUCAGAAGCGUGUCUCCCAGAUCCUAAUUACUCUCUCUACUGUGUUGCUUCCACUUGUUCUCCUGGUUCUGUUGCUACUGCUAAGGAAGCUUCGAAAGAGGAUCUGUAAGUCACUGGGGUCCAGCUGUUCGGACACAGAAGCCCACGUUUUCCCUAAUCCAGCUAACUAACUUUCAAGAUCUCCCUGAGAAGCUGAGCUUGGAAGCGCUACAGUCCCAGGAAGCCUAAUUCCUCCACAGUCAUCCCCACGGAAGGCAAUCAGGGAGAUCAAGUCUCCUAUCUGUGGCAGUCUGAGCCUCUCAGAGGGAGACCUGAGGCCCUCAGUGUCUCCCUGGAACACUAGGACCAGGAGCUCCUGGACAUAAAUUCCAUACCACCUCUUCCCUAUAGUUGAAAGAGGAGGCCAAAGGAGCUGGGGUUCAACCUUGAGAAGAAAAAGGUGAGGUUGUGAGGACUUAAUUAUUUUUAAAUCUAGGAGGGGUGUUAAAAUGAAGGAUGCUUAUUGAUUGCUCACCACCAAAGAAUGGAUGAAGAGAUUUUAAAUUUCAGUGAGACUCCAGAAAGGAUUUUCAGAUUAAGAGAAGAAUUACUGAUCCCUGGAAGAGACUACCAGGGGAGGCCAUGAAAUCUCCAUCCCCAAAGAUCUAACAAUUGUGAUCUCUCCUUACUCCAAAUCCCCUCCCCCAUUACUUUGUAAUUCUCAUAUGGUAUUUUUUACAUCUAAAUUUGUACUGUAGUUAUUUGUGCAUGGACUUAGUGUAUCAUUCCAAAACACGGACUGUAAAUUUCCCAAGAAUGUCUUCUUCAUCUUUGUAUCUCCCAUAGUGCCCAAGCAUGUAGUAAACACUCAAUAAAUACAUUUG